AUGUCAGGUUCUGUGAACGAAGAUCAAGAACAGAGGAAAGAUACUACCAUGGAAGACCCAAAGGCAAUGACAAUUGAGUUUCUUCGGGCAAGAUUGUUAUCUGAGAGAUCUGUCUCAAAAUCAGCAAGACAGAGAGCUGAUGAACUGGCCGAGAGGGUUGAAGAACUUGAAGAGCAGCUGAAGUUUGUGUCUCUGCAAAGAAAGAAAGCUGAGAUAGCAACUGCAGAUGUUCUUGCAAUUUUAGAGGAUCAUGGGAUAAGUGAUGUAUCUGAGGGAUUUGAUUCAAACUCUGACCAGGAAGAAACUCUCUGUGAAUCUAAUUCUCAUAACGAUAUGGCAAUGGGAAAUGAAGCUUCCACCAACAUAAAAAUAAGAAGAAAUGAUAAGGAGGCAUAUUCUAGUUCUGAAAUUGAAUCCUCUCCUUCGAUUGGUAGGAGCCUGUCCUGGAAAAGUGGUAAAGAUUUACAGUAUCCUCUCGAAAGGAAGAAAUACAUGGAUUUAGCCAGGAGACGUGAUAGUUUUGCAUCAACUGGUUCUUCAACAAGGCGGGUUGGUAAAUCAUGCCGCAUGAUAAGGCACAGGGAGACUGGAUCAGCAAUAGAGGAGUCCCGGAAUGAUGUCCACGUGAAAGCAACCUACUGCUCUGAAAUUGAACCUGAUACAUCAAGAAAAAGCCCUGAACAUGAUAAAGAGAAGAACCUACUGAAAAAUCCACCAGCAGUGUUGGAAAAUCAGAAGCAAGAAACUAAUGGCCAUUAUUUUGGUGGAUAUAGGGGAGAUAACGACAUGGAAAGAGCAUUACAACAUCAAGCCCAACUCAUUGGGCAAUAUGAAGAAGAAGAGAAGGCCCAAAGAGAAUGGGAGGAGAAGUUCAGAGAGAAUAGCAGUUACACACUGGAUUUGUGUGACCCGGGGAACCAUUCAGAUGUGACUGAAGAGCAUAAUGAGUUUAGAACACCUGAACCGCCAUACACUGCAGGAGCAACAAGUUCAGGUACCCACCAUUCAGAUGUGACUGAAGAGCAAGAUGAGAUUAAAGCACCUGAACCACCUUAUACUGCUGGAGCAACAAGUUCAGGUAACCAAGAAAUGAAAUCAGAGCAGGUGGAGGCUUACGUCUAUCAAGAAUCUCAAACGUCCAAGAGUUUGCCAUCUAUUACAGAUGCCAACAAGGGUAACUUACCGGAUCGAAGAUGCAGUGGCAUGAUUUCUUUUGAUUCUUCAGCACCAGAAUUUUCACAUCCCAUGUCUAUGGGGAGCAGUGAUCAACAGUUUUCAGGAAACCAUCAUGAUGCACCUUUGCAUAGUUCUCAUCAAUGUUUGCCCAGCUGUAAUUCAAGUUACUCUUCAGCAAAGAUCCCUUUAUCUCAUGCAGGAAACAGUAUGCCGAUGUAUGUUUCUUCAGGAAGUCCUUUGUGCCAUGAUCUUGCAGUUAUGCCUCAACAAACUUUUACUGAUUUGGGUUCUGUCCUUGAGAAGCUUCAGCAAGCUAAAUUGUCAUUGAAACAAAAUCUCAAUAGCUCACCGCUGGUACCCGGAGGCACGCCUGGCAAUAUUGGCAAAUCAUCUAAUCCUGAAACAAACACUUUGGACAAGUUCAAAAUUCCUGUUGCUUAUCCCGGUCUUUUUAGGUUGCCAACUGAUAACGAGUUCGAAGCGAUUAACAGAAGCAACCGUCCAGGCAUUGGUACAGAGUUUGGUUUCCCACAGAUUUCUCCAGAAAGUGCUGGUGAAAGAUUUUCUUCAAAUCCUUUUGUCGAGUCUAGAAGUGCUUUCGUUGCUAACCAGUUUCUCAAUGUUCCCCCGAGCUCUUUUACUGAAAUCAGGCCAAGAGUUUCUACGCAGGGGUCUCUGUCUCAGCCUAGAUUGGGUGGUGCAGGUCCGCCCUCUUUUGAUGGAUUGAACUAUCGUAAUCCUCGCAUGGGUAUGGUUCUUCCUUCUUCAAGCAAUGAUUUUUAUCCUUUCCUUCCAGACUUUACUCUGAGAUUACCUUCGAGUGAAGGAAUUUCAAGAACCUUUCCAAGAUCAGAAUUAGGGGUACACCCAGUCAAUCGCUUCUUUUCAUAA